AUGGAUGAAAGAUUUAAUAAACUAAUAAAAAAAUUAAAAAAGAAAGAAAAGAAUAAUAUAAAGUAUAAUAAAGAAAAAAACUUUAUAUUUCAUACAAUAGAAAAUAAUGAACCUUUCAAUGAAAGAAUUUUUAAUUUUAAUAAUAUAAUGUAUGUUAAUAAAAAAAAAAAUGGUAGAGAGGUAAAAAAUUAUAUUGAUGAAUAUAAACAUGUUUAUAAUAAUUUUGAAUAUAAUAUAAAUAUGUAUUUUAAUAAAUAUGUUGAGGAUAUAAUAAAUUCUUCAAUAAUUCAAAGAUCAGAAUUAAAAAUUCCUAAAAGGAAAAUGAAAAAUACAAAUUAUAAAAAAAUCAAUAUAAUGGGGAACCUAUUAAAUUAUGAAUAUGUUCAAUAUAAUAAUUUUUAUAAAAGUGAAAAUGAGGAGAAAUAU